AUUUUCCCUCCGUUUCUCAAGGCGGUCCAAAUGUCCACUCUUCGACUUCCGCAUCCCACCGUCUCCCUCCACCCCCUGAUUCUUGCGCCUCCGACCACCGCCACGCUCUACGACGCUCUUUCUUCUUGCACAUGUCUCUCCCAUUUCAAGCGAGUCCAUGCCCAAAUCCUCCGCUGCAAUCACUUUAACUCCCGCUCCCUACUUCUCAAACUCCUCCUCUCCUCCCCUUCCCUGCACUAUGCUCUUUCUGUCUUCUCUCACCUUCCUCAGCCCCUACUCCCCACCGUUUCUACCCCCUUCUUGCGCCACCUUUCCCGCAGCCCCAACCCUGAAUUCACUUUCUUUGUUUACCAGAGAUUGAGGAAAGAUGGGGUGGGAAUUGACAGGUUUAGCUUCCCCCCACUUUUAAAGGCAGCAACGAGGGUUUCGGCUUUGGCUGAAGGAAGGGAGCUUCAUGGAUUGGUAUUCAAGCUGGGUUUUGAUUCGGACCCCUUCAUACAGACGGGUUUGGUUGGAAUGUACUCUGCCUGUCUAAGGAUAUCUGAGGCCCGGUUGGUGUUCGAUAAAAUGUCUCAUCAGGAUAUUGUUGUGUGGAAUAUAAUGAUUGAUGGGUAUUGUCAGAGUAUGCUUUUCAAUGAUGCUUUGGAGCUUUUUGAUGAGAUGAAGAGGGCCAAUUUUGAACCAGAUGAGAUGAUUCUUUGCACUGUUCUUUCUGCUUGUGGCCGUGCUGGAAAUUUAAGCUUCGGGAAAGCUAUACAUGCUUAUAUUAAUGAAAAUAAUCUUCAGAUUGACUCUCAUUUACGUAGUGCUCUUGUAACUAUGUAUGCAAGUUGUAAUUGUAUGGGUAUGGCUCAGGAAUUAUUUGAUCAGAUGGGGACUAAGAACUUAGUUGUUUCAACGGCCAUGGUUUCUGGGUAUUCAAGGCUCGGGCGAGUUGAGGAUGCUCGAUUGAUUUUUGAUCAGAUGAUUGAGAAGGACUUGGUGUGCUGGAGUGCAAUGAUAUCUGGUUAUGCUGAGAGUGACAAUCCUCAAGAAGCUCUUAGAUUAUUUAAGGAAUUACAAAUCUUGCAAAUAAAACCAGAUCAUGUGACAAUGUUGAGCAUCAUCUCAGCUUGUGCUCACCUUGGUCUACUAGAUCAAGCCAAAUGGAUCCAUGUAUAUGUUAAUAGAAAUGGGUUUGGAGGAGCUUUGCCCAUUAACAAUGCCCUUAUUGAUAUGUACUCCAAGUGUGGGACUUUGGAAACGGCAAGAGGUGUUUUCAACAAAAUGACCAGAAGAAACGUGAUAUCUUGGACCACCAUGAUCAAUGCAUUUGCCCUGCAUGGGGAUGCCAAUAAUGCUUUAGAAUUCUUCUACAAAAUGAAAGAGGAAAAUAUAGAGCCCAAUGAGAUUACAUUUAUUGGUGUACUGUAUGCAUGUAGCCAUGCAGGGUUAGUUGAGGAAGGAAGAAAAAUCUUUGCAUCCAUGAUUAAUGAGCACAGGAUCACUCCUAAGCAUGAGCACUAUGGUUGCAUGGUUGACCUAUUUGGCCGUGCUAAUCACUUGAGAGAAGCCCUUGAGGUUGUAGAGACAAUGCCUAUGGCACCUAAUGUUAUCAUUUGGGGAUCUCUGAUGGCUGCCUGUCGGAUUCAUGGUGAGACUGAAUUAGGAGAAUUUGCUGCUAAAAGGGUUCUUGAGCUGGAACCAGAUCAUGAUGGGGCCCUUGUGCUGUUAUCAAACUUCCAUGCUAAAGAAAGAAGGUGGGAGGAUGUUGGAGAGUUAAGAAAAGUGAUGAAAGAGAGAGGCAUAUUCAAGGAAAAGGGAUGCAGUAGAAUAGAAAUGGAUAAUGAGGUGCAUGAGUUUUUAAUGGCAGAUAGGAACCAUGAACAAGUAGAUAAGAUCUAUGAAAAGUUGGAUGAGGUAGUUAGUCGAUUGAAGCUUAUUGGCUAUGCUCCCAAUGCUGGUAGUGUUUUGGUUGAUUUAGAGGAGGAAGAAAAAAGGGAGGUGGUUCUUUGGCACAGUGAGAAGUUGGCACUUUGUUAUGGGCUCAUCAGAGCGGAAAGAGAUUCAUGCAUUCGUAUGGUUAAAAAUCUUAGGGUUUGUGAGGAUUGUCACACCUUCAUAAAGAUGGUUUCAAAGGUUUAUGGGAGGGAGAUUAUUGUCAGAGACAGGAGAAGGUUUCAUCAUUACAAAGAUGGAGUUUGUUCUUGUAAAGACUAUUGGUGACUUCUUAAUCUCUUUUUAUUUUUAUUUAUUAUUAUUAUUAUUAUUUUGGUCCAAGAUUAGAACUUAAGCCGGGUGUGUUUGGUUUCUAACUUUCCCAAGAAACCAAAAUCCGGGAAGUUAGCAUUAAAAUCAUUAGUUUGGC